UGACCACGUUCUCGACCACAGAGAAAAUAGAAAAGAAAAGGAAGUUGAAUGAGAAUCCCUCCUCUCUGUUGUAAUUGUAAUUGCAAUUGAAUUCCCAUUUGGGUUUCAAUUCUCUUUCUUUUCCUUUCCUUUUCUUCCAUCUUCUCGAUCUCUCCGAUCCACAUUCUCUACGCACCAGAUCCGUUCAAUCCAUUCAGUCUCCUCAAUCGCAUUCCGAGAUGAGCACCGGCGACCUUCUCAGCAUCGAACCUCUUGAACUGAAGUUCAUAUUUGAGCUCAAGAAGCAGAUCUCGUGUUCUCUUCAAUUGUCAAAUAAGACCGAUAGCUAUGUAGCAUUCAAGGUGAAAACGACCAAUCCAAAGAAAUACUGUGUUCGUCCAAACACUGGAAUUGUCUUGCCACGAUCUACAUGCGAUGUUAUCGUUACCAUGCAAGCGCAAAAGGAAGCUCCGGCUGACAUGCAAUGCAAGGAUAAGUUUCUUCUUCAAAGCGUAAGAGUAGAGGAUGGAAUCGCCGCAAAGGAUAUCACUGCAGAAAUGUUCAACAAGGAAGCGGGGCACGUGGUUGAGGAGUGCAAAUUGAGAGUGUUGUAUGUCUCUCCGCCUCAACCUCCGUCUCCAGUCCCGGAAGGUUCCGAGGAAGGAUCAUCACCUAGAGGUUCUGUUUCCGACAAUGGAAAUAUCAGUGGUGCUGACUCCGCUGCAGUAACAAGAGCAUUUGCUGAACGACAUGAUGGUCCAGAAAAGUCUGUAGAGGCAAAAGCUCUUAUCUCAAGGCUGACUGAAGAAAAGAAUAAUGCUAUCCAACAAAAUAACAAGCUUCGUCAGGAACUGGAGGGUCUUCACUUGAAUAUAGAGGCCCAUGUUAGGACAUGCUGAGACGGGAAAGCAACAAAAGUCGUGGGGGUGUCUCGAUGGUCAUUGUCAUAUUAAUUGGCUUACUUGGCAUAAUUAUGGGGUAUCUCAUGAAGAAGACCUAAGUCUUUCUGAGAUUCAAUCCUUCACCAUAUGUUUGAUCUUAGUUUUCCUGUUGUUCCUGGCUAUUCAAGAAAUGAAGACGAAGGGCAAAACAGAUUAAAUCCAGUAGGUGUUGGUGUUUUUUUGGGGGUCGACAACAAUAUGGACAUAGAAACAUUAGUUGAAAGCGUGGGUCAAUGAUUUCUUUUAAGAGCAGAUUUCUGUGAACUGACUCAUGCUUUUGGUAACAUGCAUUCUUUUUAAGUCAAAGGAAAAAUUUGUUGUUUUAUGUGGUUCAUUCAGUGACGGUCUGGAAAUGUCAAACAAUGGCCACUAGUAGCAUGCAUAUUAUGAUUAUCGGAUAUUUUGUUUAUUUUUCAUGAGAAUAAUAUCACUUUGUAGUUGUUAGAUUUCUGAAA